AUGGACAUCAGCAAAGGACGAGAGGUGCUGCCCAAGAACGUCAAACCACUACACUACCACCUGACCCUUGAGCCCAACUUCGAGACCUUCAAGUACGAUGGAGAGGUGGUCAUCGAUCUUGAUGUGGUAGAAGACACCAAGUCAAUCACCCUCAACACCCUCGACAUUGAGGUGAAGGAGACCAAGGUCACCUCUGGCUCCCAGACCAUCUCAUCUUCACCCAAAGUCACCACCGACGAUGAGGCCCAGACGACCAAGGUCGAGUUCGACCAGACAAUACCCGCUGGAUCUAAGGCACAGCUGUACCAGAAGUUCACGGGCACGCUGAACGACAAAAUGGCUGGCUUCUACCGGUCUUCUUACAAGGACGAGGCUGGCAACGACAAGUGGAUGGCAACUACUCAGAUGGAGCCUACAGAUGCGAGACGUGCCUUCCCCUGUUUCGACGAGCCGGCACUCAAGGCCAACUUCACCGUGACGUUGAUCGCGGACCACAAGCUGACCUGCUUGAGCAACAUGGACGUGGCCAGCGAGAAGGACGUGGAGUCGAAGAUGUCUGGUGGCAAGCGCCAGGCUGUCACCUUUAACAAGAGUCCGCUGAUGUCUACCUAUCUACUGGCAUUCAUCGUGGGCGAGCUCAAGGUGUACGAAACCAACGAAUUCAGAUUACCUGUCAGAGUCUACUGCACGCCGAACCAGAACCCAGAGCACGGCAAGUUCUCGGCUGAGCUCGGUGCGAAGACGCUUGCGUUCUACGAGAAGGAGUUUGCCAGCGAGUUCCCACUGCCCAAGAUGGACAUGGUGGCGAUUCCUGACUUCUCUGCUGGUGCUAUGGAGAACUGGGGUCUCGUGACUUACCGUGUGGUGGAUCUAAUGUUCGAUGAGAAGACGGCGAGUGCGUCGACGAAGCAGCGAAUUGCGGAGGUUGUGCAGCAUGAGCUGGCUCAUCAGUGGUUUGGCAAUCUGGUGACCAUGGACUUCUGGGAUGGUCUGUGGCUGAACGAGGGCUUCGCUACGUGGAUGUCUUGGUACUCGUGCAAUGCUUUCUACCCGGAAUGGAAGGUGUGGGAAGGCUACGUCACCGACAACCUGCAAUCUGCGCUUGGACUGGACGGUCUUCGCAGCUCGCAUCCUGUGGAAGUGCCCGUCAAGAAGGCCGAUGAGAUCAACCAGAUCUUCGACGCUAUCUCCUACUCUAAAGGCUCCUGCGUCAUCCGCAUGAUCUCAAAGUACCUCGGCGAAGACGUCUUCAUGGAGGGCAUUCGCAAGUACAUCAACAAGCACGCAUACGGCAACACCACCACCGAGGACCUCUGGGCUGCUCUGAGUGAGGCCAGCGGCAAGGACGUCGUCCACGUCGCUGACAUCUGGACCAAGUACGUUGGCUACCCUAUCGUAACCGUGACGGAGGACCAGAAGAACAGCUCCGUCCACCUCAAGCAGAACCGCUUCUUGAGGACGGCUGACGUCGCGCCUGAAGAAGACAAGACGCUCUACCCUAUUGUGCUCAACCUGCGGACGAAGAAGGGCGUGGAUAAGGACUCGAUCCUGGACGCUCGUGAGGGUAACUUCAAGGUGCCGGAUCUGGACUUCUUUAAGCUCAAUGCGGACCACUCCGGCAUCUACCGCACGUCGUACACUCCAGAGCGUCUGCAGAAGCUGGGCGAGAAUGCCAAGGCUGGUCUGCUGACAGUUGAGGACCGCGCUGGCAUGAUUGCAGACGCUGGCGCUCUGGCUGCUGCAGGCUACCAGAGAUCGUCCGGGCUGCUGACCCUCCUCAAGGGCUUCGACUCCGAGUCUGAAUUUGUCGUCUGGGACGAGAUCACAGCACGUGUCGGCGCCCUCCGCUCCACCUGGAUCUUCGAAGACGACAAGACGAAAGACGCGCUCAAAGCCUUCCAGCGCGAUCUCGCCAGCAAGAAGUCGCACGAGCUCGGCUGGACUUUCAAGGAGAGCGACGGCCACAUCGAGCAGCAGUUCAAAGCAAUGAUGUUCGGCAACGCCGCCUCCUCGGGAGACGAAAAGACCAAGGCCGCCGCCUUCGAGAUGUUCGAGAAAUUCACCUCCGGCGACCGAGCCGCCCUCCACCCCAACCUCCGCGCCAGCGUCUACUCCGUCGUCCUCCAAUACGGCGGCGAGAAGGAGUACAACGCUGUCCUCAAAGAGUACGAGACCGGCAAGAACAGCGACGAGCGCAACACGGCCCUCCGCGCGCUCGGCCGCGCCCGCGACCCCGAGCUCAUCCAGCGCACGCUCGACUACUCCCUCAGCAAGCAGGUCAAGGACCAGGACAUCUACCUGCCGCUCGCGGCGCUGCGCACACACCGGGAGGGGAUCGAGGCGUUCUGGAGCUGGACGAAGAAGAACUGGGACCGGUUGAAGGCGAAGCUGCCGCCGAGUCUGACGAUGCUGGGCUCGGUGGUGAGUAUGGCGACCAGUGGGUUCACCAAGGAGGCGCAGUUGAAGGAUAUCGAGAAGUUUUACUCCGAGACGAGCACGAAGGGGUUCGAUCGCAAUCUGGCGCAGUCGAAGGAUGCGAUUGUGGCGAAGAUGCGGCAGGUGGAGCGGGAUGGGGAGGAUGUUGUUGGGUGGUUGAAGGAGAAUAAGUACUUGUAG